CAUCGGAAUUUUUCGUCAGUUGCUUUCGGAAUAACACUUUGUUUAUAGUCAAUUAAAAUGUGCUCGUGAAUCUCUGGCAGAAAAACAGAAUAGAAAUGCAGUUUUUAAGCCUUUUAUUGUCCACGUUGGCUGUGUUCUUGUCCAGGGAAGCAGUGGGAUUGAAACUGCAGGCCAAUGUGGGGGAACUGUUCACCUACAAGGUGGAACCGAUGCUUUUCAACUGGACCCACCAGGUCAUCAGCGAGCAGUUCCGCUACAGGCCAUCCUUGAAGGGCUACCCCGAUCUGCCCAGUUGGAUGAGGUACAUGUACAGCCAUGAAUACCAUGCUGGAUUUCUUUACGGCACUCCGCCCGAGUCCACAGCGGGCAAGGACGUCAACCUGGAUGUGGUGGCUCUGAAUCGUCAGAAUUACGAAACACGUCGUGUGGUCAUCCAGCUCUUUGUGGUCAACAAAUUCCCCACGCCCAAUAUAGUCCAAAUGAAGAUCGAUAAUCUCAACUGGGUGCAUCUGAUGGAUCCGGGGCGGGUCGAGAAUCUGCGCAAUAUAUUCCGAAAGGAUCUGUGGCCGAACAGCAAGGAGGACCUGAGUGUGGUCUUUAUGGAAUCGGCUGUGAAUAUGGGAGGACGCCUGCCACUACGUCCCCAGCAACGAGAGGGAGUCAUCGUUCAUGUGGGCAGCUUUGCCAAGUUCUCUCCCCGCCUGAUAGAGCUCCAAGAGGAAGUGCGUCCUCUUUACAAAUUGCCAACCUGCAAUUACAAACGCACCUCCGUCCAGAAGAUUUUCGAGAACGUGGGCUUCAAGCUGGAUUGGUGUGCCUUCCGGAUGGUGGGCGUGGAAUCGCCCACGGAGAUCCUCUACCAUAGCGGCAAGCAGGGCGAACAGCAGGCGACGGAGGAGCACCGCCACCAGGACAGAUGGAUGGGCAUUGCCCGAGAGGAUGUCCCCGUGCGGAACUACAUCGACGAGUUCGCCUUCUCCUUCGCUAUUCCGGGCAUGAUUUUUGCAGUUUUGAUCGGAAUGUUGUCCGCUGUUUUGUGCUUCCAGCACGAGAAGUUUUCCGAUCCGCAUUCUGAGUUUUUCUUUGCCAACAUUUUCCACAUCUGCGAAGAGUCCUGUACGCCCAGCGUGCCCAGUGAUUCUGGUUCUGAUGAUGGAUCUGAGAGCUCUUUAAACUCGGAGUAUCCCAUGUCCUCCACUGUGCAGAUGGUUCAGUGCUCGGACAGCAAGCCCACUCAGCCCAUCACCACCCUGAAGAGCCUCAAGGAUCCGAAUUUUCUUCUGGACAAUACAAGCAUUCGAUCUCAAAGUCCUAACAAUAGCUUCUAUCAGUUGGACUCCAGCAUCUAUGCCCGACCCAAGCCUCCUCCGUACAAGGGCGGCACCCUGGGCCGGAACGGAGUGGAUAUUUGACAAACAUCCCCGCGAGUCCUCUACUGCUGAGAAGAGCGGGAUUGGAGUCCAUAAUAUAAUGAAGCAAUAUCAAGGAGGAAUAGAAAGCCACUGCAUAAAUAAUAAUCACACCUGCCGAACUAGACAAGCCAUAUCGAAAUAAUCCAUUUAUACGCUAAAUCGAAACUGUAGCCAAUUUACUUUUGCUGUUCAAGAUUGAGAGCAAAAAAAUAAAAUAUCGUUUUUUAUAAUG